AUGAAGUUCACCCUCCCAGCCCUCGCCCUGCCCCUACUCGCCAGCGCAGCCCCAGCACCCGCAGCAAACCCUCCAUUCACGGUAAUGGCUGCCCGCUCCGCCAGCCCAAUCCACUUCCUGCAACUCAACGCCGCAGGCCAAAAGUUCUACCUGGGCGGCUCAACAGCCAGCUACUGUCCCAGCCAGGUCAACGCCUGCCCAGCCGGGAACCAAACCGUCUUCGCGCCCGGCGGCACCAGCAUGGACACCAUGGUCCCCGGCGGCCAGCAGGUCUACAUCGACCCUACUGGCGCAUUGAGCUUCACUCAGGCCCACUCUGCCAAUAUCCCCGCUGGCUCGUCUUACGGCCCCUUUGCUUAUGAGGCGGGUGAGCCGUGGUCGCAUUAUUCCUACCAGGGUUGGGGCGCGAGUGGCUUUAUGGCGUGUCCCACGGAGGAUAGCCGUUGGCAGGUGUUCGGCGCGCUGGCUAAUGCCACUGUUCCUAAGGGAGAUGUUGGCGAGUGUCUUGGUUUCUCGGCUAUGGCUAUUACUUAUGAGGGGGAUAUUCCUGCUUGGCAGUAUAUCUAG